UUGAAAACCUAAUCUGAGAACGCAUUUUCCAUACAAGUUUAUUAAUUUCUUAAGUCCUUCCAAAAAAUUAUCCGACCUAAAACAACGCGAUUACGCGCUCUAGUCUCGGCGAACGGAGCGGCCGGCCACCGUACAAACCCCCUUCGGUAUCUGUUGUUUAGCCAAAUUAGCAUGUUAGCUCGCUGACAGCGUUAGACCAGGGGGGAGGCACGCAAUGGAUGCUUUAAGUAUAGUUGCAGAUGAAGUGGCUUUGGAGGGGUUAGACGGGAUAACUAUCCCCUCUCUGUGGAUAAGACUCAAGGGUAGACAGCCCAAGUUUCCCUUGAAGCUCGACGACUGUACCAAAGAGCUGCUGUGGAAGUCACUGAUCAGCAACACCGACCUCACCUUUCACCUGCUCCCACGUGAGAGACACGAUGUUGAACUGUUUGACAGAUUUAAAGACAUUGACCCAGAAACAGGCAUUGAGACAACGCCAAGGGGCUUUGAGACACGGAAAAUCAUCUACCCGGUCCACAUCCUCCAAGACAACAAGGACGGGAUACAGGGCUCAUGUGAAUUCUUUCAACAGAGGAGAGAUGUCACAAAGGUCGUCCGCUCCAAGUCCCUCACCCCGUUAUUUACCUUGCAGGAGGCUUUGGAAAGAUAUGGCCGAAAGCUUGUCGUCAUGGCAUCUCAGAUGCUGCGAUUCAGGACCCUGAUUGGUAUAGAGAGCGAUCCUGAUUUGAAACUCACCGAUGACUCGUACUGUGUGCUGGAACGAGUCGGCCGAGCCCGAUGGCAAGGGGAGCUGCAAAAGGAUCUACACGGACGCUCUUUCAAGAUCGAUGCUCGCAAGUUGCACUACAUGAGAAAGUCUCUUGUCAGACAUGGACUGAUCAGCAUGCAGUCCUAUGUCACCCGAAUGAAAUCUGGACAACAGCAACACUCAAUUCUCCUGCAGCUCAAACGCUUCCAUGUGAACAGGAGGAGUAAGUAUGACUUGCUGAUGGAGCACGUGUGCGACCUCCUCGAGCACACACCUGGUCAGUUUACCACUUUGAUUGCACUCAGAGACCAACUCAACUUAAAUGAGAAUUCCUACAAGCGUAUAUUUCAUUACAUGCGAGCUGCCAAGUUGGUUGAGUUUUGCUCGUAUCCUCUGGAGGACUUAGACCCCAGCGCAGGGCCCUGCACCAAUAGAAAAGGGAAGAAAGUGCACGUUCGCUGCUUGAAACUGUUAAAACCGUAUUCAAAGAAGGGUGUUGCCGAUGAUGACGAUGAUGAAGACGACGAGGAAGACAAUGACUCUGGAUCGAGGAGACGAGGUCUGCCUGCAGAGGGGCGAAUCAUGGAGACUGAUAUCCUGUCACAGGCCUAUCAGAUGGUGUUGUCCUCUGGUACAAAGGGGAUCGCAAAGACUGCUAUUGGGUUGAAGAUGAAUGUUGGUAAGCUUGAAUCCCGAAUGAUCUGCCGAAGCCUGGAGAGGGCUGCUGUGACUAAGGGAUUCAUGGUGGAUGAGGGCCGGCAGAGGACGACAAAAUAUAUCAGCCAUAAGUGUGUGGGGGUGAGUGAUCAACUCCAACUCUUUGCUAAAGAGCAGGAGCGCUGCAAGCUGCUCUCUUCUUCCGGGACUCACACAUCUGAUGGUGCUCCCGCCACCCCUAAAACACCAUCAACUCCAAAGUCCAGAGCAAAAGGAAAUGAUCAAACCUCGGCAAAAAAGAAGACUCCUAAAACAGGUAAAGGUGGAAAUGAAGAUGAGGAAGAGACUGGGCCGAUGUGUGUCAAUGAAGACUCGGGUAAAGGAAGAGGAAAAGGAAAGACAGCAGGGGGGAAAAGUAGUGCGAAAACGAAUCAGAAACAACCUGUGAUCCCUGUUUCACAGCCUGCAACAGCUGAAAGUGAAAACACAGACUCCAGUAAAGUCACUGCUCCAGACUCAGUUUCCAAUACCAGAGCCGAACCAGGUCAAGUUGAGGGGGAGGAGGAAGAAUCCAACUCAGAUCCCGCAAGUCCUCUUCCUGAGAGUGACGAGUCGAAGUCAACCGAUAAACCAGCAGAAAACAAUAUUGAGGUUGUACAGGACGCUUAUGAGCUGCAGGCUCCUAGUUGUGUCACAUGGUCCAAAAGAGCUUUGGAUCGGUCUCAUGAGACGUACCGCAUGCUGAAGAGGAAGAACCUCAUCGUUGAAGCUGUCCGCAACUUGAAAAUCAUCGAGGGUACCUUUCCGAUACAGAAGAUGAUUAAUGAUGAAGAGAAGCAGGACGGGCUCAGUACAAAGUGCUGCAAGAAGACUAUUCUGCGUCUCAUCCACAGUCUGUCCAGGGAAGGCUUACUGAAGAUUUACAUGACAACUAUCAUACAGGACGGGAUCACCAAGAAUAUUCAGAUGUAUGUUCACCCGUCCGUUCAGCCCCAAGAUGACAUAGUGAACCGAGUGAUUGAACAGGUCCGCUUCAGGAUCUCCAGCUCUUACACAGCCAGUCGUGUGCAGCAAGCUGAAGACAAAGCCAAACAACAAGAAAAAGACAAGAAGAAAUUAAGCAGCGAGGAAUUCAAGCCCACAACAGUUCGGGGAUUAGGCAAAAGCCUUGGCUUCCAGCCUAAGAUGCACCGUCUGAGGGUUAUUCACAACUUCCUCUGGUACCUGAUAUACGGGCACCCGCUCAGCUAUAACGCCUCUGACUCUGACUCAACCAAUCAAAAAUCGGAAAACACAGAAGCACAGUCAUCUGAAACCCCUGCCUCAGGCUCUGUGGACCCCCAAACUGCAGAUAGUUCAUUGUCUAAGUUGGAUGUUUCAUUGUCGGGGAAUGAAGAGGAAGAGCAGGAAAAAUCUGAACCUGGUUCCUCUCAGUCUGACAUGACAGUGUAUGCUGAAGAAGAGUCGUGGAGGAGAUUUAUGCCUCCUGUCCGUGUGCGCAAGGAGUUUGGCACUGGUUGGGCAAUGGUGGGCGACGUGCUCCUCUGCCUGCCUCUCUCUGUCUUCAUUCAGGUCAUACAGAUCAAUUAUCAGGUGGACGGACUGGAGGAAUAUCUCAACGAUCCAGUGAAGCAACACCACCUGGUUCGAGCGCUGCCUGCCAGAAUCAAAAGACAGCUGCUUUACAAACGGAAAUACAUCUUCUUAUUCUUCGAGAGCCUGCAGAGGCUGGUCUACAUGGGUCUGCUGCAGUUUGGUCCGGUAGAGAAGUUCAAGGACAAAGACCAGGUGGUUUUAUACUUGAAGCGCAAUGCCACCAUUGUUGACACCACCAGUGCUGAACCUCACUACUGGCUGGUCACAGAGUCACCAGACAAACCGUUUGAGAGGCGUCGCUACAUGUUCAACACAGCUGAAGAUGUGGAAAACUACUGGUUUGACCUUAUGUGUGUCUGCCUCAACACACCACUGGGGGUCAUCCGUAAUAAGAGAAAUGCAGCAGAGGAUGAAACGGCUCCUUCCUUUGUACAUGAUCGCUACGUGUUUGUGGGACUGUCGUACUUGCUAAAGGGCAGCCGUGAAAUGUGUGACGAAGGGUUAAUACCAGGUGAUGCUAAAGGAGCAGGAGGUCUGCACUCGGAGUUCUUUGGGCAUCUGAAGCGAAACUGGUUGUGGACCAAUCACCUACUCGCUAUCAAGACUACACCAAGUGGUCUGGAGGCCAAUACCAAAAUCCGACUGAAGAGCUUGCUGAGUAGAAAUGCUCUCAGGAUUGCAGUAAAAGCUGGAGGAUCUACUACACCUCGAUUUGUGACCACCAAGAGGCCACUGAUGCUGGAAAAUGUGGAGGUGGGGUUAGAGCCUGCAUCCAGAAACAAGCAGGUGGUCGGAGGAAAGAGCCAAAAGAGGAAGAGGAGCAAAAAGGAAGUCGUCAAAGCGCCACGCAAGAAAAAGAAAGAGCCCAAGAAACGUACCCCUGCCCACGACGAGGCUGACCACCGAGCUUUGAAAAUGAUGACCAGACAGAGAGUCCUCUGGUCGGUACAGGAAGACUCUCUGAUGAUGCUCUGCAGCGUGGCUUCACAACUGUUCAACAGCAAGUUAAAAAGGCCGUUUGUUGCUCACUGCGUGGUAAGAGAUCUGCUUCACACAGAGUUUGAGAUGUCAGCCGAUAAAACAUCUGUGGCAGUCGGACGUCGCUCACGAUACAUCCUCAAGAACCCUCAAACACUUCUAAACUACAGGAUCUGUUUGGCUGAGGUGUACGAGGACAAACCUCUGAUGAAGCUGUUAGAGGAAAAAAAACCUGCUGAUCCUGACAAUCCAGAGGAUUGUGCGACAGCGUUCUCUGAGUACGUCAGGCUGCUCAGAGAGAAGUUCAGCUCUUCCCUGAGUGCUCGUGAAGCGGUCCUGCCUGACACAAAGCAUCAGCUCUUCUCACGGUUCAGGGUCACAGCGAUAGAAAACCGAAAGCAGAUAUCAUGCAAAGACACUCUCAGCGGCACCAAUGACAUUCAUGCCAUAGUGUUGCAUAACUUGAUCCAGAGCACUCUGGCCAUGACCAACAUCCAGAUGAAGUCCUCAAGAUCCUUUCAGACCUUCCACAUGUACAGUAAGUAUAACCAGGAGCUGCUGUGCGAAGUGUUCAUCCAGUGCAGGAAGAGAGGUCUGGUCAAUCGGCGUCGCGUUAAUCAGCCGUUUGGACCCAAGAAGAAUCGGGCGCUGCCCAUUCUGCCGAUGUCCUACCAGCUGUCCCAGUCCUACUACAGGUGUUUCUCGUGGCGUUUCCCUCACUCUUUGUGCACCGAUGCUUUCCGCUUCUUGAAGAGCUUGACUAACAACGGGGCAGGAGAUGACAAACCUUUCACCAUGUUCUAUCAUGAAACUGAGAACAGGUCAUUGCAGGGGGAGGAAGAGACGGAGAGAAAAGUUUCUGAACGGAAAAAAAAGACAAGCGUAGGGAAGGAAGCUAGCAGAUUGGUGAGUGAGCCAGAGAAAGCAAACGGUGACACAGCAAAGGAAGGAGGCAACGACCAAAGAAAAGUGGAAGGAGAAGAGGAGUCCAUGGAGGUACAUGAUGAAACAACAGAGACAACAAGCAAAGCUGUGAAACAGAAAGACCAAGAAACUUCCUCGACAGCCGAUUCGGCGGAAGAUCCAUCCAGCAGAGAGCAAACAGAAGAUCAUGUGCCUGAACCUGCUUCCUCAAACUCCUCACCUGAAGCUUCAGAGGAGCCUCAAGAUGUGUCGGACAUGCUGCGAUUCUCCUUAGACUCCCCGGGCGGAGCCUGUGUGCUCUCACUCAGCCUGAUGUCUCUGGGACUGCUGAGCGUGCACCUGUCCAUUCCAAAACGGAUGGUGGUGGUCGACAGCACCAUGGUGGACAAUGAUGUUGUCAAGAGUAUGGGAGUUCUGGAUGAAGAUGAAGAGGAUGAUGAUGAUGGUGAGGACUGUGAUGGGAAAAAAAAACUUGAGGUGAAGGCCCAUCAAGCGUCUCAUACCAACUACCUGAUGAUGAGAGGAUACUGCAGUCCUGGCAUAGUCAAACUACGUAACCUCAACACCAGUGAUAACAUCGUGUUGGAAUCAUGUAAUAUGAGGUUGCAGCUACGUAACUCACCUGCUCACUAUCUGUUCACUCAGGAGAUUUCAGACCCUCAUCCAUUGGACUUGAGUAAAUGUGGCCCAUCACUGGUGCCCUCCAACCUCACCUACUCCACCUGCUCCUCCAUUUCCUCUCCAUUCGAUGUGAGGGCCUGUGAGAACCAUUUGACUGAGCAAAGAGGAUACACUCUGAAGGACAUAGAAGCCUGUGCUCUGAUCAGAAACAGCUUAGAUGAAUCUGGUGAGAAGGGCAUAGAUAUGCAGGAUCUCCACAAGACUGUCUUACACCUUCAGCAGCCACAGUGUGGACACACCAGGAGCCUGCAGCAGUAUUUGGAGGAGUUACAAGAAGAAGGCCAGGUGGUUAAAGUUGGGAGUUUGGGCGUCCGUUGGGUCCUCACACAGCACGCUGAUCCGUGGCUGCUGACUCUAAACUCUAAGCAAUGGUCCCAGUCACGGGCCUCAUCAGACAACCUCCCCUUCAUGCGCAAGAGAUGCCGGCGAGGAACGCGACGUGAGAAAGAGGAACCAACUGCAAAAAAAUCUGCUGUGGAUGGUAGAGAGGGGGGUGAAAGGGAGGAUGUAGAGACAGCAUCCAGUGAUGUAACAAGAGAGAAAAUGGAUGAGGAAGAACAUCCAGAAAAGCAAAACGAGAGUCCAGAUGAGGAGAUUGAAGAGAAAGAGUUGAGCAUAGUAACGGAGGGAGGAAAACAGAUGCAGCAUGAAGAGAAAGGAGAGGAGGAAGCACAACAGGAAAAGGUGGACACUGAGGAAAGGCCGGGAAAUACGAGAGAGCUUAGAGCCAGAAAGGGCAGUACAAAUGCUGAAAAGGAAGAAGAUGAAUAUGAUGAUUAUGAAAAUGUGAGUUUCAUCAGCCGGCCGUGGAGAAUGGUUGACGGGAACCUGAACCGGCCGGUGUGUAAGGGGAUGCUGGAAGGCCUUCUUUACCACAUCAUGUAUCGGCCUGGACUCACACAGAAGUCACUGGUGGAACAUUACAAAGAUAUAUUGCAGCCAGUAGCAGUGCUGGACCUAGCAGAGGCACUCGUAAGCAUGGGCUGUGUAACUAAGAGAACUCUGGUAAAAGCUCCUAAACCUUCGCUCUUCGCAAAGUCAAGAAGUGAAAGACUAAUGAAGAUUGAAGAUCCAGAUACUGUGUUUUAUGAGCCAACCAUCAGCUGUUGCCUCCGGCUCGCUCAGUUGUUUCCCAACGAACGACACUGGAACAAUUGUUUACCAUGAGAAUAUUCAGGGACCUCAAAUGGCUUGCGCUUGUUUUACUGGACCUGGCUUGGAAGUUACACAGCAGCCAUUUUCCUUGUCAAAUAACACUCAAUGUUGAGAGUUUAUAUGCUAUUAAAAAGUUGGACUGCUGUGUGACAGGUUUUAAAACCUUUAAAGGAGUCUUGCAAAUUGUCAUAAUUUCACUGCGGCAAAACAUAGUAAAAUUUGAAGGAAUAUCAGGCUAUAUUUCAAGAUGAAAAAAUAUAUUAGAUAACUAAAUAGCCGCAGUUAAACGUCAUUACAACUACUUCCUAGCUUUCCUCACCAUUUGAUAGAAUUACACAAUAAAACAGGCUAGUAUGUUUAACAGACUUAGCAGUUGGUACCUACUGUAAUAGGUUAUAAAGAAUGUUGUUUUAACUUAAAAAUCCAAAGGGCCAUCUUAGAAAAAAAUAAAAGAUAUUUGAUAACAUACAAGAUACUAAUAGCUAAAUCACAAAAGCUAAUGCUAGUAUUAAACAAUUACUGACUAACAUAACUGUUAGUAAACUAGUCAUACUGUUAGCUAGGUAACAAUAACUUUGUUACCUCAUGUUAGCGUUAGUAACCUAUCCUGUUAGUAUCCUAUUGUGUCUUGUAAAACUAUCAAACGGAAAUGAUAACCAGUAAGUGGUUGACUGCUAAUGUUAGCUGUCAUUAAACUGUCGCUAAUUAGCAUGCAGCUAAGUUAAAAAAUAAACAUAUUUAAUAACCUACAAAAUACAAACAAGUAAGUCACAACAGCUAACUGGUAUUCAACAAUUCCUUGCUAUCAUAAAAGUUUGCUAGUAAAACAUUUCCUACCUAUUCUAUCCUGUAAAACAAGCAAACACAAAUGUUAAGAAGUUGUUGAAUGCUAAUGUCAGCUGUUACAUUUUAGCAAACACGUUUUAAAAUAUAGUGUUUUAACUUAAAACACUCCACUGACUCCACAUCAUUUGUCAUUUAUUGGUGAUAAAUGAUGAAAUGUGAAAGGACAAUUUGUCAGAUUCUAUUUGUUUAAACAAUUUGCCAACCAAGAACACAGCAAUACAACCUCAUAACAAAGCAUUUGAUCUUCCACCAGAGUUUGACGUCAGAGGCAAAAAAACCAUCAUGUGAAUAUGGCGAAUGGGUGCAUUAUAAAGCUAUAGAAGUUUAAGCAACAAGUUAAAUAAUGUAAUUUUACAAAUACGUUCAUGUCAUUAGCUUCUUUGAAAGAUAUGGUAUAUCUUCUGGUUUUACAGAACUUUUGUUGUAAAUAUUUUAAGUUUUGUGUUCCUGUUUCUCUUAUCAUAUUAUUACCUCAAAAUCAUUAAUAAAAAUGUCACAUAA